AUGUCUACCGCAGUUGCGUCCGCAGCGGCCCCUUUGUCCUCACCACACCCGCGCCAUCCCAGCCCGAGAAAUCUCCCAGCGCUGGUUCCUUCAACCAUUCCCAAUUCAUCCCCCCGAAUGUCAACAAGUCCUAGAGAUGGUUCUGCCGCAAAUGGCUCUCCGAACGAGAAGAGAGGUCCGAUCUCUCCUUCCCAAGGCAGCGGUCCCCACAUCACCGUAAAGAAAGAGCCUGGUUCACCCCGAAUUCAGAGUCGUCCUCGUCCUCACAAAUUGGAUCUCACUACAAGUCUCCCCCGCGGACCGGGAGGACCUCUGACCGCCUCCAUACAAGAUGUCGGUCUGGCCUGUCUGUCGCCAGGCUUCCAAACCCACGAUCCAAUCAUGCGAGAGCAGCUGCAGCGCAGCCUCUCUGUACGCGAUCAGCAGCGCUCCAUCAUCGAACAGCGCAUGCAAAGAUCCGCCAAAGACAUCGGCCCAGACGGCAUGCAGCCCUCCGAAUCAAAUCUGAUGGGCAUGCCCAAAACCGCCAAGCGCAGACCUCCAGGCCUGUCCAUCGUGCCCCCAUCCGCCUCCCAAUUCGCAAACGAGCGAGUCAUCCAAUCGGCCCCGCUCCAUCAGACCUUUACAGGCCGCUACCAGCCACAGCCAUUGACCCGCCAUGUGGUCAACCAAAGCCCAACCCUCGGCGCAACCUCACACAUGCACCAGCUCCCAGCAGCCCAGACCAGCAACCGCCUCCCACCCCUCUCUGACGUUUUUGGCACCGACGCCCUAGGCCGCGACCGCGACCCCGCUCUCGCCAACAUGCACCUCUCUUCUAGCAACUCGUCGCAAUCAAAUAAUCUAGCUCCAAUGCCCUCCCCAGGGCUUCCAGCCUCGCAAACCCCGCGCUCCCGCGAGUACCGCUCCGCCGAAGAGGCCGUGCAAGAAAUGUCCGGCGGAAGGGAAGAUCUCCUCCCUCGCAUCGUCCAUUAUGGAGGCCACCAGCCCCCCACCCCACCCUCUCCUCAAAUCAUACACGCAGGCCCCAAGACCGCGCCUCUCGCGCCCGAGCUUCGUGCUCCGGGCCCACCACCCGCUUCAUUUGGCAUGUUCGCCCCCUCAGAUGCUACGGCGCGGCGACGCCCGAGAAGCGAAUACGAGCAAGAUAACGGGAGCCCGCCGCUCGGCCACGGACCUGAUUCUCAACACCGGUCUAACCCGGCUGCGAACCCCGGUCCACAUGCUGCGUUCUCGGGGCCAUUCGGUGCGGGCAGAGAUUCACCCGAGACUCAACGCAGAAAGAAGGAUGAGUUCCUUGGUCUGUGUGCUCGUGCUUGGGAUCUAUUCCACUCGUGA